AUGGGCCGCCGCGCAGCUGUAGGGGGGGAAAAUCGAGUCGAUGCUAUUCACCAACAAGGUAUUCACCAACAAGGCAACUCUUCCACCACCACCACUAGUGAUCAACCCUUGCCAACGCACUCGAAGCGUCAGAGUCCCAGGCUUGCCCAUUCCCCAGAUCUACUCACAUCACAACCACCGCCGGCGCCGGCAGGGGACAGAGAGGAAAGCCAGCAUGCCCAGACCGUAGCAACAGCAGGUCCAAUGGAACCAAGGCGCCGAAGCCCCCGGCACACAGCCCCGUCAGCAGCAACAGAGGCACAGGCGGAUGCACCACCAAUUGCGCAGCAGGACGAAGAGCACGAAGAGUCCCUCACAACUGCACUUUCUGGUCUGAGCCUACACAAUAGCCCGACAUCCCCCGAGCCUACAAGCAGCCAGGAUGAGGUGGGUCAAGGCGAAGCGCCACCCACGUUCAAGUCGAACGUGGCUAAACCCAAGUUGGGUUUAGCCCAAGGGACCAAUGGGCGCGACGCGCUCGCGCCUCCUGGAACAGGACCUAAUACUAGAGCAACACGGGGUAGCCGCCAGAGCGGUCGGCAUCUAGAAAUGGCGAUUCUUGAGGGACCCCGCCGAGAGAAGCAGAAUAGAGGAGCAGCAGCGGCAGCAGCAAAAGAGGGGGGGGAAGGGAAGAGGGCAAUUAUAGCAGUUCCGCUGCCGUUGCCACCGCCAAUAGUAGCUACUACAUCUAGAAAAAUAGCCAAGGCUGCACAAGCUCUCGCCCGGUUAGAACCAAUCCAACUAGACAAAACCAUCCGCCUCUCCCAGCCAUAUAUAGUCUUGCUCUGCCACCAAUACCCCAGUGGCGCAGUUGGCAUCCAGCCCAGCCCGAGCGCAGUCGGAUCUCAUUUUCGCAAGCAGCACAAGCUUAGGGGAAUGCAGCUGGAGCAGGUACUCGGCUUCGUCGCAUCGCAGGCGGCGGAGCAUACGCUCAACGACCCGCACAUAGCCGAGCUCCCCAGCGACUACAGUCUCCCCAUCGAAGGGCUCCCACUUCUAGGAGGAUUUAGCAGGGCAGGCUGGGAGCUGGCGACUCUGCAGACGUUCUGCCGGGGCCGAUAUGCACGGUACUGGAUUGUGGAUGACAGCAGCAGCAGCAGCAGCAGUGAAAACAGUAAUAGCAGCAACAGCAGCAGCAUAGCAGCAUCGACGCCACAGAGCCAAUUAACACGACAAGGCCACGGCACCGGCCGCGGGGCGGUAUUACAGAUGGUCCAGGGUUGCGAGGCAGAGAUCAAAAGGGAAGCGGACGAGCGCCGAAGGCUCGCCGAAGAUGAAGCGGUCAAAGCCAUAGACAGGGAGUCAAGAUGGGCCCGGCCAAUGGUUCUGAAGGCAGGGCAGCCACCCGUAUCCAAGGCGGCCGAGGCGCGGCUAUGGAGCGAGGAGGAGGCUAAGGCAAACCGGCGGCUGCGGCAGCUCUCAGCAAGCUUCGCUCGAGUUAUAGCCAUAUGCCGAAAGCAGCUGGAUAAGAUGCCGGAUGACACACUCGAGUGGCUCGCCAGCAUCGACCCGGCCAAGCCGAACAGUAAACCGUUCGGCGAGAAAGAAAACCCAAAAACAACAGACCGGUAUUGCUUAUGCUUCCAGCAUUAUCUAUGCUACUACAUAAGGAUCUGGGCGCUUAGGCACAAGAAGGCUAAGAAGAAGCAUAAAAAAUUGGAUAUUGUGGCUAUGGCGGCCAAGAGGGAUAGCAAGAAAAUGGCAGAAAAAAAACUAAAAGAAAAGGAGGACCCAGACCAGAAGGAACUUAACAAAACCAUCUUUGACUUUUGUAUCUACUCACUCAAGCAGAAGCUGGGUUACAAGAGCUAUGACAACCUACUAUUGCAUUUUACCGCCAUUCUCAGCAUCAAUCGGACAGGCGAGGGCUGGAUCCCGUCACACUCACACACUCGAUUUCUAGCUGGCUUCUUGUGGUGCAGCCAGGUCUUAAUACUAAAACACUUCUUUAAGAAUAAUCAGUACAAUUCAAGCAAGUCAAGUAACUCAGGGGACUCAAGCAAAUCGGAAGGCGACGGGUCAGUCGAUAACAAGCUGGCUGCAUACAAAGCCAGCUUCGAAGCCAUCAACCUAUUUCAGAAAAGUCACCGGCACUGGCUUACAAGCAGCUCAUACACGCCGUUCAGCAGGAUCAUCAAGUAG